UCCAUUAUCUACGGCUGAAAAAAAGCCAUAUUAUUAUAUGUUUUGUUGUUGAUUCGAGAUAUGAACUAAGAAUGAGGCAAUUUUGGAGAGGUGUUUCUGAAUGGAGAAAGGAAGGUUUGCAUUUAUCAUCUGCAAGUGAUCAAGCUUGUAAACUAUAUGAUGCUGCACUUUCACAGUAUGUAGGUUGGUAUGAAGAUCCAUCUUUGGGUGGCUUAACAAAGACUAUUCAAGAUUUGGUAGCUUCUGAUCCAAAUUUUGUUAUGGGAAAAGCUCUCUCGGUUGGUUUAGAUUUAAUUGGAACUGGACGAAGUGUUUUAAUUGAUAAAGAUUUCCAGAAGGACAUUAAGAACUUGGAAUUAAUGAGUGAGAGUCAAGUUAACAUUUUGACUCCUCGUGAGAAGGACCAUGUGAAAGCUCUUGUCACAUGGGCUGACGGAAACUGGGUUGAAGCUACUACCAUUUGGGAUAACAUACUGGACACUUAUCCAACAGAUAUUUUAGCCCUAAAACUAGCUCACGAUACCUACUUUUACCUUGGUUAUCAAAAAGAAAUGAAGGACUCUGUUGAGAAAGUUAUUCCUCGUUGGAAUCCUGAAAUUCCUUUAUAUGGGCAUCUGUUUGGAAUGUACGCUUUUGGCUUGGUAGAAAUAGAAUCUUAUAAAAAAGCAGAGAAUAAUGCUAGGAAGGGAUUAGAAAUAAAUGCAAAAGAUGCUUGGUCCACUCAUGCUUUGGCUCAUGUUUUUGAAAUGGAAGGUCGUGUUGAUGAAGGUGUAAAUUUUCUUAGAAAUACAGCUGAAGAUUGGAAGAUGUGUGGCUUGCUAGCAUGUCAUAACUUUUGGCACUGGGCAUUGUAUCAUAUAGAAAAGGGUGAAAGUGAGGCAGCAUUAGAUAUUUUUGAUACCCAAGUCUCUGAAAGAAUGAAAUCUGGUACCAUGCUGGACAUAGUAGAUUCCACAUCAUUGCUGUAUCGAUUAGAGUUAGCCGGAAUUAAUGUGGGAGAUAGAUGGAAAGAUGUAUUUGAUUUGUGUCGUCCACACUUUGAUGAUCAUAUUUUGGCUUUCAAUGACAUUCAUCUACUUUUAUCAAGUGUAGGAUCUAAAAAUAAAGAUGCUACAAAUUAUUUGAUGUCUUCAUUACAAGAAUAUAUCAAUACUGGUUCAGGAGUAAACCAUACUAUAACCAGAGAUAUGGGAUAUUCCUUAUGUGAAGCAAUUGUUGCAUAUGAUGAAGGAAGAGUAGAAGACUGUUGUGACAUUUUAUAUCCUUUGAGGUAUAAUAUUGUACAAAUAGGAGGAAGUAAUGCUCAGAGAGAUAUGUUCAAUUUGCUUUUAAUUGCUGCUGCAAUGAAAUCUACUUGUAAGCACCACCAAAGUGUAUUAAGGCAAUUGCUGAGUGAGCGUACAAGAUUCAGAAGUAUUAGCCAAGUGGCAGAUUGAGUUGUGACUUAGCAGCUUUGUGAAUUGUAUGUAUGUUUUAUCUUUCUACAUAUUUCUGGUUCCUUAUUAUAGUU